AUGCCACUGUCUUUAAUUGUUUUCCUUUUCUGUCUGUUUGUGCAUAAUUGCUGUGUUUCACAGGCAAUGAAAAUGAGUCGCAGAUCAGCAGAUGCUAGUCAGCGGACCUUGGCUUAUAACAGAAUCGUGGAUGCUCUUGGUGAAUUCAGAACAACAAUAUGUAACCUUUAUACAAUGCCAAGAAUUGCAGAACCUGUGUGGCUCACCAUGAUGUCUGGAAUACCAGAAAAAAAUCAGUUAUGCCAGCGUUUCAUGAAGGAGUUUGCAUCGCUAAUGGAGCAGUCAUCUAAAAACCAAUUCCUCCCUGCCCUACUUACCGCAGUGCUUACUAAUCACCUUGCUUGGGUCCCAACUGUUAUGCCAAAUGGGCAUCCACCAAUCAAAAUCUUCCUGGAAAAACAUUCCUCCCAGAGUGUGGAUAUGCUGGCAAAGACGCAUCCAUACAACCCACUGUGGGCACAGUUAGGAGACUUGUAUGGUGCCAUAGGCUCACCUGUAAGGUUAGCCAGAACUGUGGUAAUUGGCAAGAAACAAGAACUUGUUCAGAGGUUGCUGUACUUCCUCACAUACUUCAUUAGAUGCUCAGAACUUCAGGAGACGCAUCUGUUAGAAAAUGGGGAUGAUGAAGCCAUUGUAAUGCCAGGGACAUUAAUUACCACUGCACUGGAGAAAGGAGAGAUAGAAGAUUCUGACUAUGUUUUUGUUACCAUUCUCAGAACAAAACAAGGUCUUUUAUCUGAAGAUGUUGAAAGAGAGCAUACUUCGGGAACUUGCAAAAGUGGUGUACAGCUGCAUCACAAUAGCCAAGAAAUGGCUAUGAAUACACAUGACCCAAGACAUAAAAUGGCCAUCAGUAAAAUCUUGCUUGAUACGUCUCCAGGUAAAAAUGGUAGCCCAGGUACAUUUAAGCCUCCACUUGACUCCCAAGGAGAUACGAGCUGCUUAAAACAGUGCAUAGAAGCAAAUGUUUGUGUGGAUAACAAGGUAGAGAAAAUAGUUCCUUUGAGGUCAGCAUCCCUGGCUAAACAGUUGAUGAUAGAAUCUAUGAUGGAACCAAAUGCGGGAACCAAACAGUGUGAUGAACAAAUAGAGCCUGUAAGCACAUCUGUCAAGGUGUUAAGAUCAACGAGUAUAGCUGUGGAGAAAAAACCUCCUGACAAGCUGCUAUCUCCUACUUUCAUCUGUAACAUGAAACAACUGCAGACUAAGGUGACUUUCCAGAUUGGAGACUCAAUGUCACCUGAUUCUGAUACUGAAACAAGGAGCAAAACAGUGGAAGAACAAAUCAGCCAGCAUCAUAACAUAAUAGGUGUAGAGCAGAAUCAUAGUAAAGAGCAGUGUCCAGAAAGUAAGCAAACUACACAGGACCAAAGUACAGCAUGCGGGCCAACAAAAAUAUUAACAAGAGUUCCCUCAGAGCUUCGGAAGUUGGAUCGGCAAUUCUCUGAAGGCAGUAUAAGUCUGUUUGAUGAUUAUUUUACUGAAGAUGAACCAAUAGACUGUAGGACUAUUGAUGACAUUUUACCAGAGCAGACAAGUAAUUUGCAAUUAGAACUUUCUAAAAGGUGGUGUCCUAAGGACACAAAACAGCAAAAUGAACUUAAACAUAGCUGUAGUUAUGUCAGUCAUUUAAACACAAAUUUGUGUGAAAAACGUUCUGCAGAGCAGGACAAGGGAGAAAACAUUUCUCUUCAUGUCCCCAGUGGGGAUAAUACAGACUCGGACAAGAAGGUUCCUUCUGUUGCUGAAUGGGACAUUCCCAGGAAUGAGAGUUCAGACAGUGCUCUAGGUGACAGUGAGAGUGAAGACGCUAGUCAGGAUAUUACAAGGCAUAACAGUGGUUACUAUUACAGGGACGAGCAGGAGGAGUGGAUGGAAGAAACUGAAAUACCUUUUCCAGGGUCUAAACUAGUUGAGGUGAAUGCUGUGAAGCCCAGUAUUGCUAAUUUUGGAAGAUCCCUGUUGGGAGGUUACUGCCCUACAUAUGUGCCUGAUUUUGUUCUACAUGGAACAGGAAGUGAUGAAAAACUACGACAGUGUCUUAUGACAGAUUUAUCACAUACUGUACAGCAUCCAGUUCUGGAUGAGCCUAUAGCAGAGGCUGUCUGCAUUAUUGCAGAUGUAGAUAAAUGGACAGUACAGGUGGCCAGCAGCCAGAGGAGACCAUCUGAUGUCAGCAAGCUUGGAAAAGAAGUUUUGGUGUCAAGCCUGGUUUCCAACCUCCUUCAUUCCACUCUGCAGCUAUACAAGCAUAACCUGUCUCCCAAUUUUUGUGUUAUGCACCUGGAGGAUCGGCUACAGGAGCUGUACUUCAAAAGCAAGAUGUUGUCAGAGUACCUAAAGGGCCAAAUGCGAGUACAUGUUAAGGAGCUCAGUAGGGUACUAAGCAUUGAAUCCAGUGACCUACCUCUACUGGCAGCAGUAGCAAGCACUCACUCACCAUAUGUGGCUCAGAUACUACUCUGAAUUACUGAAGGGUGGGGCUAAACCUCCUUUUUCGAGGAAACUAAAUGUGAGUCCGUCAGCUGUAAUCUUGGAUGAUGAGAUCCCUGCUGUUAAGAUGGUUUUGUCACAGACUUUCCCAUAGUGUCACCUAACUGGUGUGAACUAAGCCACUGAAGACCGGAAUUGGAAUACAUCAGAAUUUUUUCUCAUUUGAAGAUUUGUACAUCCUUAAAGAAAAAAUAAGAAUAAUAACAAUUUAAAAAGUGUGUCCAGCAUUACCAGUAUUGAUAAAUUAUGAACUCAGCAAGACAACAUUUCUGCAAAGUUGUACAAGAAAGUGGAGUAAUGCAGAAGAAUAAAAAAAUGUGCUUUACUGUUUUUAGAAUGCUUGACUAGUGCAGAGUUGUUACCACAAGAAAAUGUGGUCUACUGAACAAGAGAAGUAACGAAGUAUAACCAUAUGACUCCCUACAACUAACAAGAGGGCCACCAGUAUCAGAAUUAUUUUACAAUAUUAUCUGUAGCCAUUUGUCAGUGGACAAGCCCCUUGUUCUUUUUUUUUUUUUUUUUUGGAUUAAUUAAGCAUUCUGUAUGUAGCUGCCAGUGAGGCUGUCAUUACUAGCAUACACAAGGAAGUUCAGUUUCCAAAAAAAGUAGUAAUUAGAAAUAUAUUUCUUUAAUCUUUUCUUGUCUAAUAAAGAAUGCAGAACAUUUUAUUUUUCUCAAUACUAAAGAAGCAAUUGCAUUUUAUCACUAAAUUGUGGUGCUGCAUAAAUAGGUCAUUGAUGAGGGAGACAAGAACAGGAUGGCCUAGAAUUGCGUUUUGUGGAUUCUUUUCCCUCUCUUUUAAUGCUGGUGGUGCCUCCUAAUAUUUCAUUGUUUAAAAAUCUACAUCCUCUAGAGUUUCUGUUUACCUUCUUGCUGAACUGCUUCUUUUAUUAGAGGAUCUGCAGUGUGUGUAUUAUCCUCUGGUCAGCUGUCGGAGUUCUAAAUGUACAUCAACUCAAAAGGAACGCACUGGGAUUGCAUCUUGUGUCCAGUUAUGUGGAUAUGUAUUCUUUGUUAUGAAUUAGUUUGUAUUAUUUUUGUAAAUGUGUCUCUUAUACUUGGUAUUAGUUCACCACAUGCAUUUAAUAUUUUUGCAACAUUUUGUUGAAUACAUCUGUAACUUAAAGAUGUCAUUUUCAGUGGUUGGUGGUUUUGUAUCCUGGAUAAAAAUAACAGUAGUUAAGGCUUAAGAAGUGUGGCUUCAGAACUGUGGUAUCUUUUGUAAACCAUACAAAUCCCAUAGUUCAUUUCAGUUCUCAAUGCAUGGUUUUGAAAGUCUGCAUCUGCAAAUAAUUCCUGGUCUUCUAGCAACAGAUGGGGUAAUCAUAAAAUGCAGUUAGUUUCACGGGAGUUCAUUGUGAACACUUACCACUUGCUUUAAUGAGUUAUAGAUAAAUAUGUGAAAAUAAGGAAUGCUCUCUGCUAAAAAAUUAAAUGUAGACUUACUCUAAAGACUCACUAUUAUUUAGGUACCCCUGUGCAGAGGAUAGAGUAUAGUUUUGGAGGGUAAGUUAAUAAGCUGCAGAUAGAUAUGGGUUUGAUGCCCAUGGCUUAUACUUGCAUACUAUCGGACUCCUAUCAAAUAAGUUUACCAGACUGGAUAUCCCAGGUCACCUCUGAAGGCAUACUCUUUCAUCUUGUAUGUCUUAUCGAGGUUAUAAGUAAAUUACUGUUAGCUUGUCUCCCUAAUUAAUAAGGUUUUGAGUAUUUUUUAUCUCCAGUUUUAUACACUGUGUUACACAGAUUAGUUCCAGUCUUCCAUUGUAGUUUUCACCUGGUAACUGCACCAUUGGAACAUAAAGAUAAUAUACCCAUAGUGCACAGUAGACGUUUUAACAUUUUGAACUUUCAUCAGUUUUAUUGAGGGACUUUGAUAAUGCAUCUUGCUAUGCAAGUGGCUUACACUAAAGCAUAAGUGUAAAGUCACAUAAGUCAUCAUGGAUGGAUGCCUUAUUGCAGAUUCAUAGAAAUUGCUGUCUUCUUGCAGAAUCAGAGUAACUGUUUCUGUCACUGAACUGCAUGUAGCAGAAGUACUUGGUAUGACAUAUUAUGGGGUAUUUCGGAUGACAGAAUUUUGGUUGUAUAAAUCAUUUGUGUCCAUCAGAGCCAUAGCUUGCUCAUCUAGCACCAAGUGGCAUUCCCCUGAUAUGGUGCAGAAAAGGAGUCCAUUCCCCGAUGUUGUGCUCCCCGAAUUCCCGAUCUUUGCCUUUUCAACUCUUAAGUUGAAAAUCAAAAAAAAAGUCAUCUUGAGGACAAGAAAAAAGGCUCUGUCUUGUGAAAAAUGUAGCAAGCCACCUGUUAACAUGUUGCACCAUACACAAAGCACUUAAGCCGUGACCACAUAUGCACUGCUUACUGAUAAGCAUCUCUUGAUUUUGUCCCCCAAUACUUUGUGUUAAUGGCAGCUUCCCCUAUCACCAAACCCUGGUUACACUGCAUCACAUUCAGAUAUAUAUAUGUUUGUUUUGCAAAGUGCUGCCAACCCUGCCACAGCCUUAACUGACCAUGGGUUCUGUCUGGACUGUUAGUUGGAGUACGAUAUCCAACUUCAGUCUUAGUCCUACAAUGUUGAAUGCCCCCAGUGGCAGUUGAUGUUAGGAGAGAGAUAUGUUGGUUGCAGAUGUACACUGAUUCAGCAAAGAUAAGAAACUGUACAUUUGCUGCAGCUGAACUUAAGACCAAAUAUGGAUAAAUAAUGUUUGUGUGUGCAAGAGUCUUCUGAGGCUGAGACUGUUAUAGAUCUAUUGGAAAAAAUGCCAUAAGGAGCACACUGUUCCAUGAGUUGGGACCCACUUUAUUAUAAAAGUUGCAUCAUACCAGGAAGACUGGUAUGAUAUUUAAUCGGCUUUUUUUUUUGUGAAGCAAAGAUAGCCACAGCUAUCAUGCAGGUGGCUUCAUUGUCUGCACCCCCAGGUGUAUAAUCAUCUCCAAAAUUGCAACAUCUUACAUGAUUUUAUGAAGUGUGCAUUUUUCAUGUUUGGAUAUUGUGUUGUUGCCUAUCAGCAGUAGGUUACUGUUUGGUUAAGCACCAUGCCAGGACGCAGACAGUGGAAGGGACUUCACUUCAGAUCUCAUUGAAUGAAGAUCCUCUUUGUCAUCAAAAGCUGGGGUGUUUUAGUUGCCAUUUUAUACACAAGGCUUCUCCAUAUUACAUCUUUAACUGUCACAACAGCAGUACAGAUGCCAACCUGAAUCGUAAUCAGAAUCUUGCACUUCUGUGUGAUUCUCUGCAAACAGCAGCAUAUGUUGCCACGUAGGUGAUAGUGUUGUAAAAAUGUGCCCAUCAUCCUUUCUCAAAAUAAAAAGUAAUCUUUUGCCCAACGACCUUCCAGAAGCUGUUACUAGGUCUUGCCUCUGGGAUUACAUAGAGGCUUUAUGACCCCCUUUGAAACUUUUGAAGUGCUAAUUUUGAAUUAAAAAAAAUAUAUAUUAUACUCUCAUAUGGGAAUUACUAAGGAGUUGUUAAAAGAAGUACCCGGAAAGAAUGUGGUUUAAUUUUGUUAAUGGUACCCUCCCCGGAAGAACAGGAGAGAUUAAAAGUUUUUUUUUUUUUUCAAACAAGGACUCAGAUUUUCAUAAUUGGCAUUGACUUGCAUAGUAUUCACAAACUUGUCCGUUUCCAUUACCACUUUAAGAAGUUAAAACUGUGUCUUUAAUAGGUUUAUAAAAAGGUACACAGCGUUGUUUAGAAACAUGUUUUAGUGUUUUAUUGAACAGAACAUUGUAGUAGUUUAUGUUGGUAUCAGGCAAAUUCCAAGCUGUCAUUUAACUACUUACACUGUUGUUUAAAAAGAUUAUCCUUCAUUAUGUUGCUUCCUGCAGCCGAGCUUCACUGUAAUGAAAGUUUUCCUGCAUCUGUUUAUAGAUAUCCUUUUUCUCUCUUGUUUGUAUACCCCUCAACUGUCCAGAUUUUCAAAGAAUGAGCAGAUUAAUUGCCUCAUAUUUUUGUUUUUUUCCUCAUAAUUGUGUGCUUUUCUGGAAAAUCAGUAAGGAUUGAAGUAAGUAAAUAAUGAAAUACAUUUGAGUUUUAGACUUCAUAUACUUCAUAAAAUAUAUGCUAACCCAAAUCCUGGUAUUCAGUUAACUUUCUGGGUUUAUAAGAGCAAUAUUUAAAGUCUGUUUCUAUUUUUGGAUCUGUGCCCCCCCCCUCCCCAUUAUUUUAGGUUUUGUCCAGAUUUCUUGUGCUAAGAAAUUGAGAGCUAUGCUUGUAUGUAUUUCUGAUUGUUGAUUUAUAACAAAUCUGUUCAAGGAAAAACUAGUGGGUGGCUUUUAAAGAGAUCAUACAGUACUACCUCAGCUAAGUAAGACUUUGCAGUCUGUGCUUUUCUCUGCUGAUAUGUUUUAGCAGCCUUCAGUGUGGCUCCAUUUCUUUUAACAACCGUUUCUCGUGAUAGAAUGUCUGGAUACUGAUUACUCUUCUACUGUUUUCCUUUUUAACGUUAAUCUUCAUGCACCUUGAAAAUGUCCUGUUUUUGUGUAAUUGGGAAGUCAUUUAGAGGCUGGAGUUUGUUCACUAUGUGCAGCUACUUAAAACUGAGAAGCUGCCUGCAUAAAUGCAUACUAAAGUUAUGUGGCCUGAAGAAAACCUGAAUUUGCAUGCUGUCCUCAGCUUAAUUGGAAAUACUGUCUUGCACUUUGUUUACUUAUUUUUUUUGUAUGGAUGCAUGUUAAAACCUGGUUUGUUUAUGCUUGCCACAUAAGACUGUUAAAUAAAUCAUCAUAAAAAUGAGUACAGUGUUGGCAGAAUGAGCUAUAACUUUAGGAAUGUUUAUCUUGUUUACAUACGGUAGUAUGUAAUCCCAAAAUCUAAGCAAAAUCCAUCAUGAAUGCUGUGAAGCCCCAUCUAGAUCUCAUCCCAGCUAACAGUUUUCUUGGUUAGCUUUCUGUCAUUCAUGGUACUUCAGGUUUAUUCAGUCUAGACAAAAUUAUUUCACUGAUUUACCUUACAUAAGGUCAAACCAUACUAGUAAACAAAUAACAUUUAAUUGCUUUGGGAUUAUCAGUGGCAUUGAUGGUUAAUACAAUAUAAUACAAGCACCGUCACAAAAGGGAUUUUUUUAAUUAUAUAAAGUUGACUUAAUUUAUUACCAUAUUUUUCUAUAUAUUUAACAAAGAUAUUCUACUUUGCUACUGUUUAUAAAAUAUUCCCCAGAAAGUAUGUUACAAGUCUUAAGUGAGAUGUGGAUGAUAUAUUCUAAAUAUGUUGUAAAACAAUCUCUGGUGUGUCUGUGUUUAUUUUUCUUACUGUAAAUAAGUAAACACUGAGCUGCUAAAAGCAUUGUAAUGCUGUACAUUGCACACUUUGUUUUUGCAUUUUGUGUAGGAACUGUUGAAUGUUUUGCUUUCUUUAAAUUAUGUGGUUAUUAAUGGUAUGUAAGUGCUGGUUUAAAUGUAAAUAUGUGUUAUUUUCUGUUUUGUAAAUACUUCUCAGAAUAUCAGUUGUAUACUACUUAUUGUUAUUCCCAAUUUUAUGGGAACUUUGUGCAAUAAAUAUAUCAGCAUUUUU